GGCCCGGCGGGGGGCCCUGACUGGCGCGUAGCUGAGACCAUGGAGGGGCAGAGCGGCCGUUGCAAGAUCGUGGUGGUGGGGGACGCGGAGUGCGGCAAGACGGCGCUGCUGCAGGUGUUCGCAAAGGACGCCUACCCCGGGAGUUAUGUCCCCACCGUGUUUGAGAACUACACAGCCAGCUUUGAGAUCGACAAGCGCCGCAUAGAGCUCAACAUGUGGGACACUUCUGGUUCCUCCUAUUAUGACAAUGUCCGACCACUGGCCUACCCAGACUCUGAUGCUGUCCUUAUCUGCUUUGAUAUCAGCAGGCCAGAGACACUUGACAGUGUGCUCAAGAAGUGGCAAGGGGAGACCCAGGAGUUCUGUCCCAAUGCUAAGGUUGUUCUGGUCGGGUGUAAACUGGACAUGAGGACAGACCUAGCAACAUUGAGGGAGCUCUCCAAACAGCGGCUCAUCCCUGUUACACAUGAGCAGGGCAGUGUCCUCGCCCGGCAGGUGGGGGCUGUGUCUUACGUUGAGUGCUCAUCCCGGUCAUCUGAGCGCAGUGUCCGAGAUGUGUUCCACGUGGCCACUGUGGCCUCCCUUGGUCGUGGCCACAGGCAGCUUCGUCGCAGUGAUUCGAGGAGAGGCCUACAGAGGUCAGCACAGCUGCCUGGGAGGUCGGACAAGGGGGCUGAGGCGGAGAUUCGCAAGGACCGAGCCAAGAGCUGCAGCAUCAUGUGAGGGGAUCAGAGAGGACGGCCCAGACACCCAGCUGAGCCUGAGGGGGAGUCCUGGGGAGGGGUGGUCAAGCUCACUCAUGACACCCCCCCUAGGACUCACCCUGAUAAUCUAGCUUAACCUGGCACAGGGAUGGAGAUGGAUGGGUGGAUGGGUGGGAUUUUUAUGCCCAACACCUCCUACCUUCCCUCUGUCUCUUACUUAUAGAACUCUGGGGAUGCUAGGAGGGUCCCUGAUGAUUAUAUGAUCUGGGCACAUGCUACACGUAGCCCUAAGGGUGAGCCCAGAGGCAUGUGUGCAUGGGCACAGGCAUGUCCACAGAACAUAUACACACAUGAACAUGAGGGAGAUGAGGAGUGGCUAAAUCCUUGGGUGAAGGUAACCUUCCUGCACCUCCCCCAAUAUUCAUAUCAUGCCCCUGGUGGUCCCAAAGCCACCCUCACCUCCAUUCCCAUCACCUAAUCUGCUUCUGCUGCUGUUUUCUGACCCCCUAACUCCAGGCCCACAUGCACUAAAUUCAGGACAAAGGAUAUGUCCCCAUCCAGUUCCCUUUCCCUGCUGCCUUCCUCCACCAACAGGAGACAAAUAAAACCCAUGUCCAUGGAAAGUG